UUAUUAUAAAAAUGGGAGGUAAACUAGACAAAGUAAUAUUCCCUGCUCCAUCUCCGAGUUACUAUGCUCAAGAAGAUUUUGAGGAUAACGGAGGCAAACUUAUUUACGUUCCCAAGGCUGCAGAAGAAAGCAAAUAAUUAUUCAUCUGGUGGAAUUCUAAGCUGAGUAAAAGGAUUGGAUACAGAGGACAAUCCUUUUGAUUAUACAGAUACUUUCCCAUGAUACUACAUUCCUUGUUUGACAGGCUCUGAUAAAGUCGUAGUAUACUUCCAUGGGAAUGGAGAAGACCUCGGAUAUGCAACAGAUGUUCUGAGAGAGAUAGUCAGAAUAAUGAAAUGCCAUGCAAUUGCCUUAGAAUACCCUGCUUAUGGAGUCUGAUUUGAAGAGAAGGCAGAUGCUUUUGAAAUCAAAAAGAGAGCUUUAAGCUUGCAAAAAUACUUAAGUGAAGCUUUUGGAUUUAAAGAAAAGAACAUAAUUCUUUAUGGAAGAUCCAUAGGGUCAGGAGUUGCUACCUAUGUAGCCUCUAGAAUGAAUCCGGGGCUAGUAAUACUCCAUAGUCCGUAUUCAAGCAUUGGAAGCGUUGCUUUACAAAUAACAAAGCUUUACUAUAUUCCCAAAGUGUUUAUUAAAGAAAGGUUUGACUCUAAAAACUGAAUCAAGAAUAUUAAGUGACCUAUCUAUAUUACUCACGGAAAGGUUGAUGAUAUUAUCCCUAUUAAUGAGGCAGAAAAGUUGAUUGAAGAAAUUGAAAAAUAUGAUAUUCCUCUAAAGUAUGACUUCUGGGAAGGAAAAGGACAUAAUGACAUGCAUAUGGAGGAUGAAGUUUUUCAUCCAGCAUUACAGUUCAUGGAAGAACAAUCUUUCAAAAUCAAUUCAAAAACUAGCAAAAAGAAUUUACAAAAUUUUGAACUUGCAAAAUUCAUUGAAGACCAGAGCAAAGCUGCUUUCUAAAUACAUUCAAAAUUCAUCAUUCGUUAUUCACAAGGAUUCUAAUUU